UGUGAAUAAUGCUGUAUUUAAUAGUCCAUAAAACAGGGUAAUGUAACAUGCAUGUGUGGUAACAGCAGGUUGCUAGCUAUACACCCGGCACACCCGAAACCGCUGCUAGAACUAAUGGCAAUUGAACUCUUUGGACCGGAUCCGGAGAACUUUUGCCGGUGUUUCACUCUCAUUCAUUGGCUGAAAGUGGUGUGUAGGUGGGGACUGCGCCGUUCCCAGAAUAAGUCCAGUAAGUCUGCAAGCUAAACCCAUUAGCUGGGAUAGAACUGUAGCCUCCGACCCGAGCCAGGAGUUCAAACCAGGAGCUGCUCCGAGGACUUGUCACGCUUUGAGCUCCAGUUGCUGAGUGACACCUGCCGGACAAGGAGGAGGCAACAAGGUGUGGAGAAGAACCUACACCAUCCAAACAUUACCACGCUGGUCGUGGUGAUGGUUGGGGUCUUCCCCGGUUUCUAGGCGUCCCCUUUCCCAACCCGUGUCUUCAUGUUUUGGGGGUCCCUCGGUGGCCCCGCCCUCUGCCAGCCCCCCUGCUCCCGCUGCUGCCGCCACCACGGCCGGCCCCCCCCGCCACUACAUUGCCAUGCCAACGGAGACCCUCGCGGCGGCUCUGGCAGAUAGCAAGGCCGCUGGCAGCGCCGCGCCCUUCAGUUCCGCCGUGCCCCUCCGGAUCCUGAAUAAGGGCCCGGACUACUUCAGGAGACAGGUGGAACCCAACCCCAAACGCCUCAGUGCUGUGGAAAGACUGGAAGCCGACAAGGCCAAGUAUGUCAAGAGCCAGGAAGUUAUCAACGCCAAACAGGAACCGAUCAAGCCCCAAAUUCCGGCCAAGCCUCCCCUUGAGCUCACCCUGCUGUCAAAAAGGGGCACCGGAAUGUGCGGCGGAGGGCACAAAGGCGAAGUCCCUUUCAAACCCUCGAACAACAACGCCAAGUCGGACACGUGUGCCACGACCAGCGGCGGCAAGCGAGAUAAUUUGAACCUGGAAAUCUUGAAAAAUCUCCUCAAUUCAUCAUCGUCUUCGGUAGCGGGUCCCGAAGGACUCCGUGGCGGAGCUAAGAGUGCCGUGUUGAUGAGGUCGUCCGGGGGAAUGACGAGGAGUUGGACGCGCUCGCCGAUGCCCCUAACUUACCGAUCCACCAUGGCUCUCAACGAGCAAGCGCAAGACUCUGCGCCCAGUCCGAGCACCUCGCAUUCCCUGCGCUCUUUUUCCCAUUCCUUGAAGGUAGCACCAAUGAACGGCGGCGGGCGGCGCAGUCCGCAGCUGGUGGGAAACCUCAAUCUCAGCAGGAGAGUCCUGGACGAGCGAGGGGGCGAAGGACGGGUGACAACGGAUCGAUCACAGUCUCCGCUUCCGCCGCUGCUGACCUCCCACUCCUCCUCGGACCUCCUACGAUUGUGCAAUGGCAAGCCUCUCCGCACCGCUCGAUCUAGCAGCUCCUCGGCGCCGCCGCUGCCUCCGAAACCCAACCCAGCCUCCUUUCCGCCUCCGACCCUCUCGCUGUCGCUGCCUCCUCGUCGUGCAAAUGUGUCCCCGCUGCUGUGCGAUAACGAAGCUCCUCAAUCACUGAAUCCUGAAGACACCUCCAAUCCUCCGAUAGACCCCAAUCUGGAGUUAGAGCUGGGUUCCUCGGUAGCGCGUCGCUCCUCUCUACACAGGUCAAAAUCAGACCUGUCGGACCGCUACGCCCGUGCCGGAGCUGACGUGGAACGUUUUUUUAACUACUGCGGCCUCGAUCCUGAGGAGCUGGAGGCGGUAGGUCCAGAGAACUUUGGUCGGGCCAAUUCGGACAUAGUGAGCUUCAACUUGCGGUCGGCAUCCAUGAUCUCCGACUGCGACCAGUCCCGGCAGUCCUCCAACGCCGGCCUGUCGGACGGGGACGAGGCUGAAGACGAGGACGAGGAGGCCGGGGAGCGAGUCCCUUACGGCAUCUCUGCCGUGGAGCGGAACGCCAGAGUCAUUAAGUGGUUGUACAGCAUCAAACAGGCGAGGGAGGCGCAGAAGGUUUCACAUGUUUAGCGAAAACACGUGGCAAUCAAAGUGCUUCUCGGGACGGAUCGGACGUCUCGAACUCUGGACUUGGGAGGCUUGCUAGAAUACAUAAAUCCCAUCAUGGCGUACAUGUAGGUAUUGAAGUAAAGACUUCAAUGUAAGCCCGUUUAACUCGACUAAAAUAGACCAGCUCAGUGGGCAUGUGGUUAGAGAGUCCGCCCUGAGACCGGGAGAUUGUGAGUUGAAACCCCGGCCAAGUCAUACCAAAGACUACAAAAAAUGGGAGCCAUUGCCUCCCUGCUUGGCACUCGUUGAGACUUUAACUUAAAAUUGAUUCGGUUGAGCUUUUAGCUGAAGGUCUUCGGCUCCGUCGUUGACCACGACCACACCUUUACAGUACAUGCCAAAUUAUGGAUUGCGAGAAAUCUGUUUGGAUCGAGAAUCAAGUCUGCAUCGAAAUGCUACCCCCAAGGAUAGGAAUCGAUCUGAAUCGUGAUCUGUGAGGUUCACAUCCCUACAGAACACCCGCGUUACCUGGUAGUGUGGAAUGCCCUUAACCUACUGGGUCCGGUCUCUGGGUGUCCUCUCCUUUGAUCCAAUGUGCCCAUCUCGUUUUUUUCCGAAGGACGAAGCUAAAAGGGGAGUCCACCUUGAACGCGGUUUCCUCUAAGGCCGCCCUUCGGUUUAUUUUCAUCUUGUACCAAUUAGCGCAAGGACGUCUGCUAAGACCUCAACCAAACCAAUGUCAGACCAAGAGCAAACACAAAUGCAACCUAAGUCUUGAAUAAUUUCAUAAAACUAAACAGUAGCUAACACUCACCUGAACGACUUAAAUAUUUAACUCCGCCUAUUUCGAGCAAGCUUCUUCGAGCUCCGGGUUUGAGAGUUCCAAACCCUUUUGUCGUCGUCGUCGUCGUUGGUCUCAUUUCUACUGACCUUUAUGUGAAGAACCACGCUAUGAAGCUACAAAAAAAAUGUUCAAAAGUGUUAGUGUUCACGCGCUAAAAGUUUUGUAUCGCUCAUGACAGCUUGUCGCAACCUCAAACGAGACCUUAAGGGUACGCAGGUGCCACCUGGACCCAUGUUUUCCUUCCUUGAUAGCGCAGUUCUUACAGGUUGGUGUUCAUCUGAACGUGUCGCAAUCCGAACUACGUUAAAGCCCGUUACUUAUUUGACUUGGCCCUCUCGGAACGUGGGCCACCCACAAGAUUCCCCCGACCAGGUGGCACCUCUGCCGGCCUCUGCACCUUCUUCUGAGCGUCAGCCUCUCAGUAUCGUCGCCAGGUAUUUUGAAAAAACAGCCCAUUUCCUUCAGGGUUCUGCUGUAAUGUAUCUGGUUCGGGUCUCGUCUGUGUUUCCUAUUCCAUGGACUGUUAACUUGUCCGUGCCCAGAACUCUUGGUUGCUGAUAGUCUGUAUUCCGAGUAUUCUUCGGACGUAAAAGUUUAUAAAUGUCUGGAUUCUUGUGGUGAUGGUUAGGGUGGCUGGAAGAUCCUUCAGUUGAUUUGAUCGACUAUGGACCGAUAUCUUACAUAGUCAGCAGUUUUACACCAUGCUAACGUUUUCCCCCAACUUGGGGGACUCAUCGGCACCCGAUUCUGUGUGGUCCAUGAAGAUACAGUUCUCAUCACAACUUUUGUUGGCAAGAGCUACGCCUGCAACUUAAACAUCCAUCCAUCUUCUCCCGCUUAUCCGAGGUCGGGUCGCGGAGGCAGCAGUCUAAGCAGGGAAGCCCCGACUUCCAACUCCUCAGUUGGUCCAGCUCCUCCCGGGGGAUCCCGAGGCGUUCCCAGGCCAGCCGGGAGAGAUAGUCUUCCCAACGUGGCCUGGGUCUUCCCCGUGGCCUCCUACCGGUCAGACGUGCCCUAAACAUCUCCCUAGGGAGGCGUUCGGGUGGCAUCCUGACCAAAUGCCCGAACCACCUCAUCUGGCUCCUCUCCAUGUGGAGUUCUUCCCGGGUGGCAGAGCUUCUCACCCUAUCUCUAAGGGAGAGACCCGCCACCCGGCGGAGGAAACUCAUUUCGGCCGCUUGUACCCGUGAUCUUAUCCUUUCGGUCAUGACCCAAAGCUCAUGACCAUAGGUGAGGAUGGGAACGUAGAUCGACCGGUAAAUUAAGAGCUUUGCCUUCCGGCUCAGCUCCUUCUUCACCACAACGGAUCGAUACAGCGUCCGCAUUACUGAAGGCGCCGCACCGAUCCGCCUGUCGACCCCACAAGCUACUAUUCCCUCACUCGUGAACAAGACUCUGAGGUAUUUGAACUCCUCCACUUGGGGCAGGGUCCCCUCCCCAACCCGGAGAUGGCGCUCCACCCUUUUCCGGGCGAGAACCAUGGACUCGGACUUGGAUGUGCUGAUUCCCAUCCAAGUCGCUUCACACUCGGCUGCGAACCGAUCCAGUGAGUAAACAGCCGACCCAAACUUAUUUCAUUGGAAGGCUCCCGUCACAAGUCUCCCCGCACCUCGGGAAAAUCAGGCGCACACGUCGAGCUUUCACAAUAAAAUCUUGUCUGACUGCCUUAAAGGCACGAGUCCCAGACGAAUAGCUUCCAUUUUUAGUUAGCAUAUGUCAAGUACGAAGUCAUAUGACUCUAAAGGUAUACGGUUGCAAAAUUAGCACUAAAAACAGUUAGCGUGCUAACAGUUAGCAUGAGUCAAUUACCAAGUUAUAUGACUCUAAGGUAUACGGUUGCAAAAUAAGCGCAAAAAAAGUUAGCAUGCUAAUGUUAGCAGGGUAAAAAAGUGUUGCUAAUAUUAGCAUGCUUACAGUUAACAUAUGUCAAGUGCCAACUUAUAUGACUCUAAGGUAUACGGUUGCAAAAUUAGCACAAAAAUAAAUUUAUCAUGCUAAUGUUAGCAUGGUAAAAAGGUGUUGCUAAUAUUAGCAUGCUUACAGUUAACAUGUCAAGUACCAAGUUAUAUGACUCUAAGGUACACGGUUGCAAAAUUAGUGCAAAAAGUUAGCAUGCUAAUGUUAGCAGGUUAAAAAAAUGUGUUGCUAAUAUUAGCAUGUUUACAGUUAGCAUAAGUCAAGUACCAAGUUAUUUGGCUCUAAGGUAUACGGUUGCAAAAUUAGCGCAAAAAAAGCUAUCAUGCUAAUGUUAGCAUGGUAAAAAAAAUGUGUUGGUAAUAUUAGUAUGCUUACAGUUAGCAUAAGUCAAGUACCAAGUUCUGUGACUCUAAGGUAUGCGGUUGCAAAAUUAGCACAAAAAUAAAUUAAGCAUGCUAAUGUUAGCAUGGUAAAAAAAAUUGUUGCUAAUAUUAACAUGCUUACAGUUAGCAAAAGUCAAGUACCAAGUUAUAUGACUAAGUUAUACGGUUACAAAAUUAGCAUAAAAAAAGUUUGCAUGCUAAUUUUAGCAAGGUAAAAAAUGUGUUGCUAAUAUUAGCAUGCUUACAGUUAACAUAAGUCAAAUACCAAGUUAUAUGACUCUAAGGUAUGCUGUUGAUAAAUUAGCACAAAAAUUAAUUUAGCAUGCUAAUGUUAGCAUGGUAAAAAAAUGUGUUGCUAAUAUUAACAUGCUUACAGUUAGCAUAAGUCAAGUACCAAGUUAUAUGACUCUAAGGUAUACGGUUGCAAAAUUAGCAAAAAAAAAGUUAGCAUGCUAAUUAUAGCAUGGUAAAAAAUGUGUUGCUAAUAUUAGUAUGCUUACAGUUAGCAUAAGUCAAGUACCAAGUUAUAUGACUCUAAGGUACAUGGUUGCAAAAUUAGCACAAAAAAGUUAGCAUGCUGCAAAAAAUGUGUUGCUAAUAUUAGCAUGCUUACAGGUAGCAUAUGUCAAGUACCAAGUUAUAUGACUAAGGUAUAUGGUUGAAAAAUUAGCACAAAAAAGAAAGUUAGCAUGCUAAUGUUAACAUGGUAAAAAAAAGUGUUGCUAAUAGUAUGCUUACAGUUAGCAUAUGUCUAGUACCAAGUUAUAUGACUAAGGUAUAUGGUUGCAAAAUUAGCACAAAAAAAGUUAGCAUGCUAAUAUUAACAUGCCACAAAUUUUUUCUGUUAAUUUUAGCAUGCUUACAGUUAGCAUAUAUCAAGAACCAAGUUAUAUGAAUAAGGUAUAUGGUUGCAAAAUUAGCACAAAAAGAAAGUUAGCAUGCUAAAUUUAACAUGGUAAAAAAAAAAUGUGUUGCUAAUAGUAUGCUUACAUUUAGCAUAUGUCAGGUACCAAGUUUUAUGAGUCUUAGGUGUACGGUUGCAAAAUUAGCACAAAAAGAAAGUUAGCAUGCUAAUGCUAACCUUUUUAGCCAUUUUUGCAGUUAUACACCUUAGAGUCCCAUUUUGUUACACAUGCUAACUUAAAAAAUAUAUAUAUUUUUUACUAAUAUUGCAUUUAUACGUCUCAGAGUCACAUAUUUGGUUACACAUGCUAACUUUUUUGCAACUAAUUGUACAUACUCCUUGAUAAUGUUAGGCAAUUUCUUGUAUGCUAACAUUUUUAGCCAUUUUUUGCAGUUAUACACCUUAGAGUCACAUUUCGUUACACAUGCUAACUUUUUAAAAACUUAUUUUUAACUAAUAUUUGGUUACACGUGCUAACUUUUUUGCAACUAAUUGUACAUGCUCCUUGAUAAUGUUAGUCGAUUUCUGGCAUGCUAACCUUUUUUGCCAUUUUUGCUGUCAUACACCUCAGUCGCAUUUUGUUAUGCAUGCUAACUUUUUAAAAACUUUUUUUUAACUAAUAUUUGGUUACACAUGCUGACUUUUUUGCAAGUAACUUUGCAUGCUCUUUGAUAAUGUUAGUCAAUUGCUGGUAUGCUAACCUUUUUAGCCAUUUUUGCAGUUAUGCACCUCAGUGUCACAUUUUGUUACAAAUGCUAACUUUUAAAAAAAACUAUUUUUCAACUAAUAUUGCAGUUAUUAGCUUUUUUAAGACUACUGGUAAUUUAGCAUGUUAAGUUGUUAUAUAUAUAUAUACACAACUGACUCACAUAUUUUGUUACGCAUGCAAACAUUUUUAAAAUUUAUUUUGCAGGUGUACAGUGAGUAGAGGUUUUAGCUUUUUUUAUCAGUUUCACUCUGUUACUUGACACAUGCUAACUGUUAGGUUAGCGUUUGAGUUGGACCUCUACAGCAUUCACACACGUUUUAAAGUUUUCCUCUAUUUUGCACAAAGUUGCCUGGCGGCACAUGGAGUUGAGGGGGUUAGCACUACCGAUGUUUGCAUCCACCCGCCCGACCCUGGUUUACAACAGUUAGCAGAAUCCACCGAAUUACGAGUAAACAUUUUACAACCCGCUCCCACUUUGAAAACUGUACAAAGCUUUUGUGUUUUCGACAGCCCAUUUCUUGUCAGAGUGAAGGAUCAGUACGGCUAAGUUAGCAUGUUGCUACCUGUCCUGUCAUUGCUGUGUGUCAAAAUGUGGUGAUCUUGUAGUGUCCAUUCUUUGUUUAGACUUCAGCCCACAAAAGUUCUUCUGUGGUACUUUUUUGUUGUUGCUGUAUGUAAAAUAUUGUAAAGGAGGGGGAAAAAAAUGUAUAUAUUUGGCUUGGUUUUAGAGGAAUCGGAGCCGCAGUGUUUGCUAACAGCGAAGAACUGUCGGCUUUUGGACCUGGAAGCGUUGGAUUUUUAUUUGACGGGAGACGAACACGUUCAUGUUUUCAUUCUCUUUUUGCAUUGUUUCAAUAAACGGCUCUUUUGCCA